AAGAGUCCAAGCUCCGCCGUAGAAUGAAUUUGGUUUCCCUGAUUAGCAACGCUUCAUCGAGGCAUAACCACGGUAUAUCGCGGGGGGUUGGUUAUACACGCACGCACGGCUGGUAAAAAGACCGAAGCCGAUUUUUCGGUCGGCCGGGAAGCCGACGUCACGACGGGAAAAUAAAAUCUCUCAUCGAUAGAAGAAACGAAGAGAACAAAGUUAUAAAUCUUAAUCGUAAAGAAAUAAGAGAAGGAGAGAAAGAGAGAGAGAGAGAGAGAGAUAAAAUAUCUCAUUUUAAAGAGAGUCUUCUAGAAGAAAAAAAGAAGAAGAAGAAGAAGAAGAAGAAGAAGUAAUAGAAGAAGAAGAAGAGGUGGAGGAGGAGGAGGAGGAAGAAGAGGAAGAAGAAGAAGAAAAAGAAGAAAAAGAAGAAGAACAGAGACCGGGAGGAGGCGAACGAAACUGCCAGAUUUGCAGGACCGACGCGUAUAUAUUUACGGAAAAUAAGGAUCAAUUUUGUAAAAUAUGGCUGCAUUACCACGAAGAAUUAUCAAAGAGACUCAAAGAUUAAUGCAAGAACCUGUUCCUGGUAUAAGCGCCGUUCCAGAUGACACAAACGCUAGAUAUUUUCAUGUCAUUGUAACGGGACCUGAAGACUCGCCGUUUGAAGGUGGUUUGUUUAAACUCGAGUUGUUCCUACCAGAAGAUUAUCCAAUGUCUGCCCCUAAAGUGAGAUUUAUAACCAAAAUUUAUCAUCCAAAUAUCGAUAGAUUAGGCAGAAUUUGUCUAGACAUCUUAAAGGAUAAGUGGAGCCCUGCUUUACAAAUUAGAACGGUUCUUCUGUCAAUACAAGCACUUUUGAGUGCACCAAAUCCAGAUGAUCCUUUGGCAAAUGAUGUAGCUGAACUUUGGAAAGUUAAUGAAAGUGAAGCGAUACGUAAUGCCAAAGAAUGGACCCGGAGAUACGCAAUGGACAACUGAUCUCAGCUUUGUCAAAUCAUUCGCAACACAAAGCAACGUUACCCCUUUUGUCCCAGUUUAUUCGUCACCUUACCCGCACUAGCUGCAUAUCCUGCACCUGUGUCCACGAUUUUGCUAUAAAACCAAUAAAAGUUUUGUAAGAGUAAAUAGAAUGGAACUGUAUUUUCUAUAUUGUGGGAAAUACAAAAACAUCUUAUUUAGAUUUCUUUAAAAAUUCAUUUAGCAAACUCGUAUGAUUUUUUCCAUUAUAAUAUUACGUAUUUAUAAAAAUCUUCUUCGAUUAAAAAAAAGAAAGCAUAUUAAAAAAUAUUAAUAGCACACGCUGUUUAUUUCGGUGUGCAAUUUUGAAUAAACUUGAGCAAGAGACAAGUAUGCUAUAUUAUACUAAUUUACUAAAUGAUUACGAGAUAUUUUGUGCAAUGCAUAAUUAACAUGCAUUAUGGCUGAUGAUUUUACUAAGCUACUAAAAAUGUGCUAGAAUCCAUUAAGUUAUAUUAUGCAAUACAUAAUUCUUUAUCGAAUCCUUUUCAUUCUACUAACUAAAUAUCACCUGGGAUUGUUAUGUGGGUACAUAUAUUUAUGCAUAAUACAAGAAGAUAAAUAUUAUCCUUAUUACUGUAUUUAAAAACAAUAAUAUUUAUUUAUCGAUUAAUCCAUAUAGAAAUUUUAAGGUAACAAAACUACAAACUUCUGCAGAAAUUAACCUUUCUAAUGUAAUUAACUAUUGUACAAGUAAUUAUUUAUGACUGCAAAAAAUGGUAUGAAAAAAUUAAUAUAAUUUAACAUUAUAUAUGAAAAAUCCAAAAGUUAUAUUCUCUAAGAAAAGUAAAAAAUACAUUUUUUAUUAUUUGAACUAAAAUACCUUCGAAUGCUAAUUAAUUAAUUAUAGGCUGAAAAAAAAAACUAAGAACAUAAAUUAUUUUGUAAUUCUCUUUUGAAACAGCAUAUUUACUUUCGUUUGAAUUAGACAUAGACGACUGAAAAUACGAGAUAAAUAUUUACGUCUCACUAAAAGCUUGCACUACCUCAAUAGAAAAUUGGGUUCGAUGUAAAAUUUGAUUAGUAUUGUGAGAAGAAUAUAAUACUCUUAAAAAAGAAAAAAAAAACAAACAAAAUAUAUAUUAUUAUGCAACUGAGCAUACAAAGAAUUCACGCGUAAAUAAUAUUUUCAUCGGAAAAUUGUAUACACAUUUCUGUAUACUGAUUUAGCGUUUGUGUUCCGCAAAAGAAAUAAUACAAUUUAAGCUUCCUAACAUGGCACUUGGGUCUGUAUGUGUAAAUUCAACUUCCAAAUAGUUAUACAUAAUUACUAAAAUAUAUAUAUAUAUAUAUAUUUACUUUCGAGUAUCUUGCAACACUAGAAAAUACUUAAUAUGAUUGUGGUUUGAUUAAUUGAAUAUAUAAAUUGUGAUAAGUUAUAAAAUAACCCAUAUCAAUUGUGUAAUGUUUCAAACACUUCCAUGUCAGAAAAUACAAGAAUUAUAUAUGGGGGGGGAAAAAAAAAAAAAACAAAAAAAGAAAGAAAAACAAAACAAAAAAGGUAUACAAUAUUUGCAUGUGUUUGAUUAUCAAAAGCUUACAUAAUAUUAAAAAUUUACAUAUAUAUGAAAGCUUGAUAAUGCAUUAAGAGAAAUGUAAUUUCAAAUGAUUAAGCUAACCAAAAUUUGCUAUUAUGUUUUAUUAACAAAGCUAUGUUUUAUUAAUAUAAUGCACGUAUAUGUAUAUUUUUUUCUUUUCUUCUUUUUUUUUUUUUUUUUCUUCAAACAAGAAUAAUCAAUAUUGUCAGUGCAUUAGCUUUUUAUGUGUUUUAUCAUAUCAGCAAAGUUAUAAUAAUAGUAAUAAUAAUAAUAAUAAUAAUAAUAAUAAAAAAAUAUUAUUUAGUAUUUUUAAAGAUGACAAAAACUGGAUUAGUAGGGGGUGUUGAGAAAUACUCCCGAAGUAAUUGUAUACUUAAAAGCGCAUUGCUUUGGAAGUGGUAAAUAUCUUUAUAAUAUAUAUAUAUAUAUAUAUAUAUAUAUAUAUAUACAUUCAAUUUACUUAUAAAAAAAAAUAAAAUAAAAUAAAAUAGUUCACAUAAUGUAGUGUCACGCGUAUGUGACAUAAUCGUUAAUCCUUUUUGACCAUAUGUACACGUAAAAUCUAUAAAUAAUUAUUCUUUUAUCAGAGUCAAGCCAUAUACAAUAUUAAUUUUUAUUGUGCAUUGUCAAGUUGACGAAUUUAUAUUAAGGAAGCAAAUGCAUUAAAAUAUAUAUACGUACAUAUAUAUAUAUAUGUAUGUAUAUGUAUAUAUAUAUAUAUAUAUAUAUAUAUGUGUGUGUGUGUGUGGGUGUGAAAAGAAAUGCAGCCAGUCAGUCGAAUAUGCUAUUAGAAAAAAAAUUUGAAAUAAUUUUUAAAACGUCUAAUAAUUCAAAAGUUCUCACUCUGCUUUGAGAAAAACUUCAAUAAUUAAUAUGUAAUAUCGUUUAAAAAUAAGGCGAUAUUUGCAGAUAGAUA